UACUUGUCUCACCACCGAAUAAACCGCGCCACAUGGAUACGAGCACGCGUUCUAAAUAAUCUCUCAUCUUUACGAGAGAAGUCUAAUAUUUCUUGAUUAGUAGGUAAUUUAGGAUCUAAAAGUUUCCCCUUUGAAAAUCGGACACAGAACAUCGCGAUCCUCAUAUUUUUAAGUGACAUGAUUCCAUAACACACGAAAAAUAACGGGAAGAGCGACCUCAUACGGUUGUUGAGUGGAAGUUGCGUCUUCACAAUGGAAGGACCAGUCAAUAGAUCUCUUAAUCCUGUUCAUUUGCUUGUCUAUCUCGUUAACAUUUUUGAGAUCUCACGUGCAGCCUGCCCAACUUUAGAUAAGGAGCUCCUGAGGUCUGGAUUGACAUGCCCAGAGAAGGAGCAAAUUUUGGAACUGCACAAUCGGUUGCGGCAGAUCAUCGCUGUGGGUCAAAUAGGUCAACCACCGGCGAGAAAUAUGGUUGAAAUGACUUGGGACGAUGAACUUGCUUCGAAGGCGCAAGCACUGGCCGACACUUGUAGAUACGGGCACGAUGGUGCAAGUCAAAGGGCUGUGGGUCGAUUUCGUGUUGGACAGAAUAUAGGGAUGACCUGGAUCACAUUAGAACAACGAGCAGAACCGAAUUUUGCCUCGAGAAUUUAUGCGUGGUUUGAGGAAGUUAAGAAGUACAAAUUCGGAAAUCCCUUCUCACCGGUGACUGGUCACUACACUCAGAUGGUUUGGCAGGAUACAUCACAUAUCGGCUGUGGAUACUCGUAUUAUUUAGAGGGACAGCGCUAUACAAAGGUGUACGUGUGCAAUUAUGGCCCAACAGGAAAUAUAAUUGGGUAUGAUCCAUAUGAAAGUGGACAAUUUGCAUGCGAUGCAAAAGGCUUGGCGUUUUCGAGAAAAUAUUAUGGCUUGUGCGAGAGGAUUGAUGCAACUCCUUGGAUAUGCAGUUGAUCGAAUUCAUGUAAAGAGACAGUCAACAGGGCAGGAGAAGAAAGAACUUCACAGAAUAUGAUUAUGAAAAUGCUCAAAAUGUAUUAAAUGCAUACAUGCUAUAGAAACAUUGAUGCAAGGUGGCAGAGAAGCAUUUCCAGGGUGGUGAAAAAAACCAAUUAGGUUGACAAAAAAGUAAUAAUUGGUUCGUAAACCAAUAAACUAGGAAAAUUCUUGCUUACAGUAGAUAGACAUGUUUCUGCAAAGCAUGCUACAUGUAAGAUGAGAUCAACUUGGAGCAAAGGCGAUUGUAACGGGGAAACACAGAUGUGGUAGGUUUAAUCAGAAAAGAGAUAUCGAUGGUGAAACUGCAGAAAUGCGUAUCUCGGUUUGAGGCGUUGCAGACUUACUGUCAUACUUAAUUUUCUACAUCGAAAACGAAUAAAAGUCAAUUCUUGAAAACUCCGGUGAUUUUUCUUAUCUAUUUGAAGAAUAUUCUGUGAAAAUUUCAAGCGAUUACUUCGGUUUGAUGUCCUUUUAAAAAUAAAAUAGGAGCAGAUAUUUUGAAACAUCGCAACCGAGAUACGCAUUUUAGCAGUUUUACUGAUGAUAUGUAAUAACAUUCAUUUUACCCAAAUUUCAUAUUCAAAUAAUGUCUUGAACUUUGUCGAGAGAUGCAAUCCGUAAAAAUCAAUUUACAGCGUCUGUUAGGCUAUUCAAAUAAAAAAAAGGUGAAUUGAGGAAAGAGUUUAUUACACUAAGAAGUUAAAAAAAAAAAAAAAGGAUUAGGCUUUGUGUAUAAAAAUUAGAUUUGUACUGCUGCUCAUAAGGGUCAGGUCACCUCAUGUAAAAAUCCAACUGUGAAACUGAAGAUUACUAGACCAAACAGCACAUCUGAUAAGUAUGUGCUAAUAUUUCACUAUUUUCUUGUAACAAUGACUAGUUUCUUUGUAAAUCAUAAACAAUGGAAUACACGUAUAUUGCUGCAGCAAAUUCAUGAUAUGUGCAUCCAAAGUUACCAUUUGCCAAAAAUGACCAACCAAAGAAUUGUUGGAUUUUUGAGAUGACAUUUGCACUAACUGGAACAGGCACAGAGGCUAUUUCCUGUCUGAGGUCUCAAUGCGAAUAUUAACAUCAAAAUCCGACCACAUGAUCUACUGAAAAUCCAUCCAUUACCGACUUGGAUUUUGGCCCGAGAAGUUAAAAUUUUGCCUUGUCAGAGAUUAGCAUAAAGUCUUGUGACUUUUUCAAUUUCCUGAGCUAUCAAAAAUAUACCUGUCAAAAACCAGAUUUUUGGGGUCAUACAUUUAACUUGAAUAAAAUAAUGUAUGUGAAAUAGAAUCCAAAACUUAAUUGGUCAUGUUGGUCAUGGCACUGAAAUUAUUUUAGUGUGAAUGAAUUGAUGUUCACUGAUAUAUAUCAAAAAAGAAAACGAUUAUAGAAUGUUCAAUAUCUCUCAGUUUAGUUUAAGUCCAAUGCGAGUAUCCCUAAAUUCAUUGCUUUAUUAACGGCUGAACUGAGUCUCCCCUGAUUUUUACUGAGAAAUUUUUCAUGUCACUCACUAAUACAUGUAAGCUCAGCUUUCCUUUCAAAAUAAACACAACAGGGAAAAUAUUAGAUGUCAGAGAAA